UUUCAGGCUAUUUAUGACCGCCUCUUCACCUGGGUCGUACAAAAGAUCAACGAGUCGAUAACUGUGGAGCAAACGUCACGCUACAAUAAGGGCACCGUUAUCGGUGUGCUUGAUAUAUAUGGAUUCGAAAUUUUCGGUACCAACAGUUUCGAACAACUAUGCAUCAACUACUGUAAUGAAAAAUUGCAACAGUUAUUCAUCGAACUCGUACUGAAACAGGAGCAAGAGGAAUACGAACGAGAAGGCAUCCAAUGGUCGAAAAUUGAUUAUUUCAAUAACAAAAUCAUCUGCGAUUUGGUUGAACUGCCACGAACCGGCAUUCUGUCCGUACUCGACGACGCAUGUGCCUCUGUCGGAAACGUGACUGAUCAGGUGGGCCUUUUAAGUCGCACGAAAAGUUCGAUCAGAGAAAAAAGUCCCAAAGAAAAAAUCCUUUUCCCAAUUUCUUUCGCCUCCACUACGAGAAUUCUAGUAACCUUUCCCUUAAGUGAACUCGACAAGAAUCUGCAAUCACACAAGCAUUACACCAGUCGAGGGCUGAAACAAUCAGAGAAAAGCAUCAAACACGAUGAGUUCAGGGUUACUCACUAUGCUGGCGAUGUUACUUAUUCUGUCAACGGUUUCAUGGAUAAGAAUAGAGAUACCUUGUUCCAAGACCUUAAACGGCUAUUAUUCAAC